AUGGGGGAACCCCGGGCUGGGGCCCCCCUGGACGAUGGCAGCGGCUGGACAGGAAGUGAGGAAGGAAGCGAGGAGGGCACUGGCGGCAGUGAGGGGGCGGGGGGAGACGGGGGCCCAGACGCAGAGGGUGUCUGGAGUCCAGACAUCGAGCAGAGCUUCCAGGAGGCCCUGGCCAUCUACCCACCCUGUGGCCGGCGGAAAAUCAUCCUGUCCGAUGAAGGCAAGAUGUAUGGUCGGAAUGAACUGAUUGCCCGCUACAUCAAGCUGAGAACAGGGAAGACUCGAACUCGCAAACAGGUCUCUAGUCAUAUCCAGGUUUUGGCCCGAAGGAAAUCGAGGGAAAUCCAGUCCAAGCUCAAGGCCCUGAAGGUGGACCAGGUUUCCAAGGACAAGGCUUUCCAGACAAUGGCCACCAUGUCCUCAGCCCAGCUCAUCUCAGCACCUUCCCUGCAGGCCAAACUUGGUCCCGCCGGUCCUCAGACCCCAGAGCUUUUCCAGUUUUGGUCGGGGGGUUCUGGGCCCCCCUGGAAUGUUCCAGAUGUGAAGCCAUUCUCGCAGGCACCGUUCUCCUUGUCACUGACUCCUCCAUCUACUGACCUCCCAGGGUACAAGCCCCCCCAAGCCCUCUCACCUCCUGCUUUGCCCCCACCUGCCCCAUCACCCCCAGCCUGGCAGGCUCGGGCUCUGGAUACUGCUCGGUUGCAGCUGGUAGAGUUCUCAGCCUUUGUGGAACCUCCGGAUGCAGCUGACUCUUACCAGAGGCACCUGUUUGUACAUAUCAGCCAGCACUGCCCCAGCCCCGGAGCGCCCCGCCUCGAGAGUGUGGACGUCCGGCAGAUAUAUGACAAAUUCCCUGAGAAAAAGGGUGGUCUGCGGGAGCUGUAUGAUCGUGGGCCCCCCCACGCCUUCUUCCUGGUCAAGUUCUGGGCGAACCUGAAUUGGGGCCCGAGUGGCGAGGAGGUGGGGGCCGGCGGUAGCAGUGGUGGCUUCUAUGGAGUGAGCAGCCAGUACGAGAGCCUGGAGCACAUGACCCUCACCUGUUCCUCCAAGGUCUGCUCCUUUGGCAAGCAGGUGGUGGAGAAGGUGGAGACGGAGCGUGCCCAGCUGGAGGACGGGAGGUUCGUGUACCGCCUACUGUGCUCACCCAUGUGUGAGUACCUGGUGAAUUUUCUGCACAAGCUGCGGCAGCUGCCUGAGCGCUAUAUGAUGAACAGUGUCCUGGAGAACUUCACCAUCCUCCAGGUGGUGACAAACAGAGACACCCAGGAACUGCUGCUCUGCACCGCCUAUGUCUUCGAGGUCUCCACCAGUGAGCGGGGGGCCCAGCACCACAUUUACCGCCUGGUCAGGGACUGAAGGGGGACCCCAGAAGUGGCUCACCCCCGGAAUACCCUCCUCCCAGGAAGGACCUCCAGCUUUC